UUUUAUUUAGACGAAAAAGGUUUUUAGCUGCCAUAUUGGAAAGUUCACUCAUCACGCAUCGCGGUUGCAGUUUCAAAACAACGUUGAGGUAACACGGAAGACACCUUAGAGAUGCAGUCCGCCGUGAAACACAAUUUCCACCAGGAAAGUGAGGCAAACAUUAAUAAACUCAUCAACCUCAAGCUGACCGCAUCCUAUACAUACCUUGCACUGGGUAUGUACUUUGACAGGGAUGAUGUGGCCCUUCCCAACUUCUCUUGUUUCUUCCUUGAGCGCUCUGUGAAAGAGAGGGAGCAGGCAGAGAGUCUGCUGGAGUACCAGAACAGCAGAGGCGGCAGAAUUCUACUGCAGACUGUUGCUAAGCCUACUCGUGAGGAUUGGCGUGGCGGUUUGGAUGCCAUCAGUUUCUCUCUGGACUAUCAGAAGGCUUUAAACAGCUCCAUCCUCGAUGUCCAUCGCAUUGCCGGCACCCACGCCGACCCCCAUCUGUGCGACUACCUGGAGAGUCACUUCCUGACAGACAGCCAUGACACCAUCAAGAAGCUGGGUGACUACAUGGGCAGUCUUACCCGCCUCACGUCCAGUGAGCCCCACGGCAACAUGGGAGAGUACCUGUUUGAUAAACACACUCUGUGAACAGCGAAUCCUCAAGUGCCACUCAUCACGUAAGACAGUGGUGCUCAAAAGCCUGUUUUGUAGUGUGGAUGUGCAUGUGUGCUGCUUUACAUAAGGUAUAAUUGGUGCACCUAUGCUGAAUGUCAUGGCUUUACCAUGACCUUCAUCAUACUCACAUCAUAUUUCUUAAGUGUUUGGUUUUUAGAGUAAUGUAAAACAGCAUGGAUGCACACCAUCUCCUCUGUAGUGAAGGUAGUUCUCUUGCCAUAGAAUAAUGACAGCCAUACCUCUGUACUCCUUAGCUGAAACCUGAAUCACUUCCAGUGCAAUACCUCAAGGUUAAACACCAAGAUCAAUCCGUUUUUGGUGCUAGAAAGUUCUCAGUCAUGGAUAGAUCAAACAUUCCAGCAGGAUAGUUUUUUUUUUGUAUUUCCUACUUUUCUCCUCAGCAGUAAGCUCUUUAUAUUACAUGUACUUGGUUACACAUUCCCUGUUGCAUGCAACUCAGUGCAUCACUUUUCUAAUGACAUUUGGACGACAUGAUACACAAAUAAAGUACAGUGAAUCAAAA